CAACUUUCUUGACGUCACAUGCACAAGCGAUGCCUCCGAGUUCCUGUUGGAUGGUCACUAGUGAGUAGCACUUGGGACGUGAACACGCGCGUUUCUUUCUAAGUUUCUACCUCCAGAACUUUCAUUGAUGAAGAUAUUCAAGAUAUUACUGAUAUUUACAGACAGGAUUUCGUGAGAAGAAACAACAUGGAUGAAUCCACGAAAGGACAUUUGGAUCCCUUGAAAAUACCCCAUGUUCGCUACAAGAAGCUACAUGCAGACAACAACCCGGACUUUGAGGGCGAACUGACUCUAGUCGAAGACAACCCCGGGGACGAGACUAGACUUCUGGAAGACAACAACUCCGGGGACGAGUCGAGCAGCACUCAAGAAGACCUGGGAACGAGCAUUACCGGAAAUGUAACCGGAACAGCCUGGGAUCGAGGUUCUAAUUUGUCUUUAUUAAGCAAUCUAAGCGAGCACCAUACUUCCGAUUCUGAGGACAAGAUUGUGGCUCCGAAGCAAGAAGACUUGCAAAACGGUGUUGCAAAACCGUACGGUUCUCUCGAAAGCUUUUCGUCUGCGCAGUCUCUGAUUUUCCUCGAAGGGGAAGAGGAAGAAACACAAUCCCCACUACAGACCCACUGUGCGGUAGAAAUGGACAAUCCCCUUGUCGCGACAAACGAAACUAUGGCCGUAAAAGAAGACGAGACUUCAAGUUGGAAACAGAGCACGGGUUCGGUUUGCGGAGCAACCCAGUUGUCAGCCGUGCACGUGCAGGUGUUAACCGGAAGACCCGGGGAACGAGUCACGGUGGAACCGACCGGGAAUGGACACAUAGACCACAUCAGCACUUCUGACAAAGGCCCGACCAUACAAGAAGACGAUUCACCACCAGAGGACUACGAAAGGAAGUUUUCAGUUGAAACAAACAGCAGUGAAGUCGGUGGUAAGGAUCCUCUUGGGUACGACAUCUACGCCAGAAGCAUCGCAGAGAUCGUGACGGACGAGGGGACGGAGAUGCCGCUCACCGUGGGGGUGUACGGGGAGUUCGGUAUGGGCAAGACUCACCUCCUAGGGCAGGUCAAAGACAAAAUCAACAAGAUGAUCAAGAACAAGAAAGAAGAACACGAAGAGUACCACAAGGGUGAAGUCGACGGACUGAAACAAAACCAGAAGCGGAAACGGAAACAGGACCAGCAGGAAACACAGUUUCCCGUCUUCAUCUUCGCCAACCUGCUUGUUACCUUCGUCCUUUUUCUGAUCGCGACGGUCGUGUGUGCAUUUUAUGGCCUAGUCGCAUGGGAGGCCAUCUUGAUUUUCACCAUCUUGUUUUUUGUGGCGUUGGUAGCCACCCUGGUGCAUGCGUACCGACGGAACAUACAGAACUGGUGCACGAAGAGGAUUCCCCUUCUACAGAAAGCCAACCCGAUGUACUGGAUGGUUGGCGUGUACCUGGACUGGGUGGAGCCGCCGGUCAUGUCCAAAACGCCACGCACCCAACGUUACGAGGUAAUUUGGGUGGACUUCAACGCCUGGGAAUUCUCGGGCUGCAAGGUAUUGUGGGCCGGCAUCGUCACCACGCUGUGUGACGCCAUCGAGGCCAAGAUAGGAGCCACACCGGCAAGGUUCUACCGCGUCAUCAAGAGUCAAGUGGAAUGUUGGAAGGGCGGGAAGAAGUCCCUGAUCCAAUGCGGUUGGUUCAAGAUUCUUUUGGCUGUCGUCCUUGGAGUCAUUCUUUCUUCCCUGGUCGGCAUCUUCGUCUUGGUGGAAGGAACUAAGCACAUCAACACCCUCAUCGCUACCGUAUCGCAGGUCCUAGGUCUGGGCAUCGUUGUCAAUAUCAAGAGCUACUUCAAGGUCGCCAAGAAUCUGGUCAAGUCUCAGAAAGACGUCUUGAACAGCCAGAUGAAGAAGCCGGACUUCGCCGAUCAGCUGGGCUUCAUGUCAGAGGUCAAGGCGGAGGUCAAGACCGUGACGUCACUCCUGCGGUUCUUAGAACACGUGACCGGGAUCCAAUACCGCGUCAUCAUCAUGGUUGAUGAUCUGGACUGUUGCCCUGGCGACCGGGUGGUGGGGGUGUUGGAGGCCAUGAACAUUCUGCUGUCAGACGAAGGGGCCAAUUUCGUCUCUAUCAUCGCCAUGGACCCCACAAUCGUGGUGAACUGUUUGGAGAGUCGUCUAAAAGACAUCAUGAUCAACAACGCCAGUGGGUAUGAGUACCUAAAAAGGAUUGUUCACGUCCCCGUGUGUCUGCCCGAGCCGAACGUGGGGAACAGGAGAGAUCUCUUCCGUGAUGUCGUCCGCGGGAAGCCAGGAAUCAUCAUGAGCGAGUUACCUUCCUCCAAGUCACCGGGCAAGAUCUCCUUCAAGGCGGGAAGCAAGGCGCGUCAGAAGCUCCUCAUCGACAGUCAAGGGCGAUGGUCCAGGAAGUGUUUGUCAGCGUUGCCGGAUUCGCCGCGUGACCUUGGGAUCCAAGAUGGCGUCCACGGGAUCCAAGAUGGCGGCCAAGGAAUCCAAGAUGGCGGCCAUGAGUUCCAAGGUGACAGCUACGAGAUCGAAACUGGCAGUGGCGAGUUCCAAAAUGGCGGCCAUCAGUCCCAAGAUGGUGACCCUAUUGACCUUGCCAAAGCUAUAAGUGGGUCGUUAACGAAAUCGGGAACAAAGGAAGACAACCAGCGAGACCAGGUGGAUGGAAAGUUCAACAUUGACUUCCUUGGUGACGUCAUCCAGGUCAUAGUUCAAGACGACGACGAUGACGACAUCAAUGACAUCAUGUUCUACGUCCAUGGCAACGCGCAUCACAUUGCCAACAUCUACCACGUGCUGAGGAUGACCGUCAAAGUCCUGAAGCACAGGAAGCUGCUGCAGUUCGUCACCCCACGGCAGGUGGCGUCGUGGGUGGUUCUCGCCGAGCAGUGGCCCUACCGGUUGAGCUGGGUACUGCAGUUCGUUGAAGACAGCCAGCAGAAAGAGAGCAUAUGGCAACGCUCCCAAGUGAUGACUGAUGACAACGAACUGAACCGAAGGCUGAGCCUGCUAGAGCCUACAGUAUCAGGACACGACAGUCUGUUCAGACUGUUCAAGACGGUGAAGCGGGAAAUGUCCCGAGUCGACGCGAAGGAGUUCGCCCGUCUCAACAACCUAGACGGAGACCCUGAGAUGUUCGAACUCCUCCUUCUCGAGUCAAAGAUGACCGUGCAGGAAAUGAUGACCUUGCUCCCCUGCACCAUCAACUUGGACUGGUCCAUUCAGCGCAGGAUCGCAGUAGCAAGAAGUGUUAUCAUUGGGGAAUAGACGAAGGAAGUAUCAUCGUAAUGCUUACUGUGUGUAAUGAACUAUGAAGUUUAUCAUGUAACAUUAAAACAAGGUUCACAGCCAUUUGUUUUCACAACACGUCGUUUGGAUGAGCACCUGUUAUUGGCUAUUGAAAAACAUGUUGUUGUGAAUAAUGUUUCUUAUUCAUCCAUAUGGCAACUUGAUUUAAUUAUUCACGGAUGUAAUGAUGUGAGAUUUCAGGUAUAUUAAGUAGAUCCAUGUACACUUUGCAAGUUGAUGUGAGGGUGGCCCAUAAAAUUACGCACCAAUAAGAUUUCACUAGAAACUGAGCAUACUAUCAUGAGGUUGACUGGUGAGCACAUUUAAGUAUCAUCUAGCAAGUUUUUAUUCUAGAAUUUUAGCAAUGUAGUUCUUAAUGUGUUAGAGGUUUAGAAAAGGUUUGGUUAAUAACAAGUGUUGUUUGAUAAUUUUACUUUCUUGAGUAAUUUCUUUUAUCGUUUUUAUCAAUGUACUGUAUGUCUAAGUUUCAUAAACAAAACGUUUAUCGAAUACAUGUAUGUUUUUAUCGGCAUCCGAUGGACGAACAGCAUCGUGUUUUUGCUUGAUAUCUAUGUGUUGUAAGUUUCAAGCGAUAAUUUGUACUUGUGCAGCUAGUAAUAAAGUACUCAUACGGAUUGCUCUUUGUCGUAUGCACAGUUAUGAGUGCAUGCUAUCAUAGGACCAUGCACACUUUAUCAUUAUAACAAGCUGUUUAUAGCAGGAAACGCAUCAAAUUAAGAGGGGCAACUUUUAACACUUGAGGUUGAUCCUACUCUCAG